GCCCCGCCUGGGAGGUUGAGACCCGCCGGCGCUGGGGAGCCGGCGCCAGCUUCGGAGCCUAGGAGUUUUGAGUGGGGGGAGGGAAGUCGUCAAACGGAGGCCGAGGGAAAUGAGGCGGAUGCCGCCGAGAAGCGAGGAGCCCCGCCCCCUCCGCCAUAGCGGCCUCCCAGUGCCGCCUCUUCCUUCACAGCCUCCCCCCUCCCCUGCCUUCCGGUCGUAGGCCGGGCCGGGCGUAGCCGGCCCCCUCCAGAGUAACCCCUGAGCCUUGGCCCUUUGGGGAGAGGAGAUGCCCAUUCUCUGCUUGGGACUCUUGUCGAAAAGGAAACGGCUGGAACGGGCUUUGGACCCGGGUGGGCGGGCAGAAGGCGGCCGCUGAAGCUGGCGGUCAGCAAGGCCUCUGGUCCCGGGGACCCUGGGUCCGAACAACACCCCUCGCCCCUGAGGAUGUUAGUCUUACCCAGAGGGUCCAGGGCUUCGAUUCAACAGGUUUUCCUGUCUGCUCAGAUGGGACCCUCCCUGCUCUAAGCAUACAAGAGCAUGCGCUGUCAUCUGACAAGUACUGAGCUUGGAGUUGGGAGAUCUUGACUCUGAAAGAGCGCAUCCGCUUUGGCAGGAGUCAGGGCUGGUGGAAAGACUGAUGUUUCAGACAAAAAAAAAAAAAGACGUUCUCCUUAAAUAUAUCCUUGGGUGUGCCACUUGACCCUAGUGAGCCUCAGUUUCCACAUCUGUAAAAUGGCGAUGGUAAUUACACAGGGUCUAAUGAGCUCUCUGGUGUAAAAACUCUGGAGAGUUUUUAUUACUCACUUCCCUGGGGCAUAUUUAUCUCAAGGGAAAAGAGAGUGAAACUAGUUGCUCUGUAAGUGUCCUGCCAGUUCAGAGUCUGCUUUCGUAAAGGCGUUGUUGGGAAGUGAGGGCCGCAAUUAGCUGAGAAGGAGAGCUCACUGGCUUUAUUCUCGUUUUCACUUGGUUUGCCUGCAAACUAAGUGUAGGCUACACGUCUUCUGUGGUCGCUGGGUCUAGAAUUUGAGUCUGGAGAGACGAAGAAUGGAAGCCUGGUGAAGAGGCAGAGAAGCCUGAGGGAGCUCAGCCCUGGCAGCAGCCCCCCUGAGUUCCUGGUGGUGAGAGGAUGUGGCCCCUGGACCCAUCCCGGAAAGAGGUCCUGGGGUUUGCAGUCAGCUGCCGUGUCCUGACUCUGGUGCUGCAGGCUGUCUUCAAUGCCAUCAUCCCAGACCAUCGUGCAGAAGCCUUCUCUCCUCCUCGGCUCGCCCCCUCUGGCUCUGUGGACCAAUUUGUGGAAGGUCUUCUGGGUGGCCUAUCUCACUGGGAUGCUGAACACUUCCUGUUCGUUGCCGAGCACGGCUACCUGUAUGAGCACAACUUUGCCUUCUUCCCUGGUUUCCCCCUGGUCCUGUUGGUGGGAACUGAAUUGAUGAGACCCCUGUGGGGGUUACUGAACCUACGGAGUUGCCUGCUCAUCUCAGUAGCACUGCUCAAUUCCUUGUUUUCCGCGCUGGCUGCACUUGCACUUCACGACCUGGGCUGUUUGGUUUUGCACUGUCCCCGCCAGGCCUUUUAUGGAGCACUGCUCUUCUGCCUCAGCCCUGCCAAUGUCUUCCUGACUGCUGGUUACUCAGAAGCCUUAUUUGCUCUCCUGACAUUCAGCGCCAUGGGGCAGCUGGAAAGGGGCCAAAGCUGGACUAGUGGACUCUUUUUUGCCCUUGCCACUGGUGUACGCUCCAAUGGGCUAGUCAACAUUGGCUUCCUCGUACAUUCUCAGUGCCAAGACUUUUUCUCAUCUCUCAUGGUGCAGAAUGCUCUGAGACAGCUCUUGAAGCUGAUGGGUUCUGUGUUCCUGUCAGUGUUCACACUCGGCCUUCCCUUUGCCCUCUUUCAGUAUUACGCCUAUACCCAGUUCUGUCUGCCAGGCUCAGCCCACCCCAUUCCUCAGCCCUUGCUGCAAUUAGCUAUAGACCAGGGCUACCGAACUGCAGAGGGAAACAAGCCGCCUUGGUGCUCCUGGGAACUUCCCCUAAUAUACAGCUACAUCCAGGAUGUCUAUUGGAAUGUUGGCUUUUUGAGAUACUAUGAACUCAAGCAGGUGCCCAAUUUUCUACUGGCUUCACCAAUGGCUGUAUUGGUUGCCUGGGCAACUUGGACAUACGCGACCACCCACCCUUGGCUCUUCCUUACACUUGGGAUGCAAAGGAGCAAGAACAAAAAGACCCUAGAGAAGCCUGAACCUGGAUUCCUCAGUCCUCGGGUGUUUGUGUACCUGGUCCACGCUGCAGCGCUGCUGCUGUUUGGCAGUCUGUGCAUGCAUGUUCAGGUUCUCACCAGGUUUUUAUGCUCCUCCAGUCCUAUUGUGUACUGGUUUUCAGCUCACUUGCUUCUGGAUCAAGAACCACUGCUAAGAUCCCUAGAGACUGUGCCUGGGAAGCCUCCUGCAGGGGACCCCCCACCAGGACAAAAGGUCCCCAGAAACUCUAUCAUGGGACUCUUGUACAACUGGAAAACUUGUUCUCUGGUCACACGAUGCAUUUUAGGCUACUUCGUGACUUACUGGCUCUUGGGACUACUCCUCCAUUGCAACUGGCUGCCUUGGACAUAACCUGGAGACUUAGGGGACAGGCCUGAAGCAGAUGUAACCAGGGUCUGAAAGUACAAAUACACACUGGGGCUGCCUGUGCUCCCUGGUAUCCUUACUCUGUCCAUUAGAACCUCUCUAUCUGAACGUUGGUUAAGGAUGGAAGAACUGAAAGCCUCUAUAAAAUUUGCUGUGGCAAAUUUUAGAGUAGUAACUGGUUUCUCUAUAAAUGAAGAAAUCUUAUUCCAGAUCUAUGUUGUCAAUCAACCUUAGCAGAGAUAGUCUUAAACUUACCACCUACCCACAUGUAAAUCUAAAUAUAAAUUUCAUCAAAGGCUCUAGCUGACAAGCUGGUCAUAGUUCACACAGUGAUGAUGGAGGCCUGAACAGUGUAGCAGCAAUAGUAAGUAAAAUGGGACCAUCUUUUCUAAAUGGGACGUUGUUUCUGAUGAGUUUUUUCAUGAUUUGUUCACUUAUUUAUAUGAAAAAUCUUACAAAGAAAUGAAAAUUAAGCAACGUUUGUUUAUA